AUGAAACAAAUAGUCAUACUCUUUGUUUUGAUUUUAUUUGCAACAGCCUCCAGCGAUCUGCUAAAAUCAAUAUCUAAAUUUGCUGAUGAUGGAGAUAAUCCUUCCAAAUUUGCCAAAAGUUAAGUUUCACCAUUUUCAGAGGAAGAAUCAGAAGAUUACGAUAAUGAUGAUACUGAAACCUCUAAGAAAGUGGCCUAACAUGAUGAUGAUGAUGAAGAAGUUGAUGUUAUGGCUUAAUUGAAAAGUUACUAAUAGAAACUAUCAACGGGUAAAGAAGUUAAGCCACCCUAACCCCAAAAGAAAUAGGUUCAAGUAAUUUCUGAAUCAGAAUCAGAAUAUGACGAUGAAGAUGACGGUGGUAACAUGUGGAGUAGAGGAAUAUCAAAAAAAUUGGCUUAGACUGAAUCUAAACCAUUGGUUUUACCAAUCUAAACAGCUAAAGAAUAAAUAAAGAAUGAUUUCAACCAAUUUACAAACUUAAAAAUGCCAGAAGUAUAAUAAAGACCUUCAGAAACUAAACAAGAUGUAACCCAAAAAGUAUAGGAUGAUUCAGGAAAAGAUCACUCAGCAGAUUUUGAAAAAAUGAAAUAAGCUUAAUUAGAAAAAUAUAGCAAGAGAUUUCAUCUAGAUGAACCUAAAGAAUCUAAGAGCAUGUAUGAAGACGAUAGCUUGAAAGAAUUCAUGCCGAAAAUCAAUUUUCAACCCAUCAACAUUUAAGAAACUAAAACAUCAUAGUAAAUCUAAAAUAAUCCAGAAAAGAAAUAAGAAUAUAAACAUGAGGAACCAGAAAGUGAGUCUGAUAAUGAUGAGGAUUUAAUAAUUAAUAAAACAAAUUAAUCAUCCAAUAAAAACAACAAUAAAGCUUUCAAUGACUUAUAAUCUACCUCCGAAGCAUUCGAUUUCUUUAACUAAAAUAAAUAAUAAUAGAAAUCAAGUAAGAAAGGAUAAAAAAUUGAGUAAUUAGAAUCAGAAGAUGAAGAAAGUGUAACUGAUAAGGAGUAGGAUAAAGAUGAUGAUGAUGAUGAUUAUGUUUAAUAAGUGAAGAAAAGCAAAAAAUAAAAGGAGGAUAGAGAAGAAUAAAAAAGAAAAUAAAAAUAAAUCUAAUAAUAAUAAGAGGAGGAAGAACAAUAAAGACAAAUCAUGUAGAAAAAACAAAAUGAAAAAGAGGAACUAAGAAAAAAAUAAGAAGAGGAAGAGAGACUUUAAUAAUAAUCCAAACAAUAAGUAGUGAAAAGAGAUUUGGAGGAUGAUUAAAUUCCUUAAAAGAAGAAAUCAAAAAAAUAAAAAAAGUAAUUAAGUUUAGAAGAGUUUUAAUAAUCUUUGAAAUUAGAUGAAGAAAAAUCUUCAUUAACAUCUUUUGCAUAAAAGGAAGCUAAAGAAAAAGCAAUAUUGGAAUAGAAAACAUUUACAUUGGUAAAGGAGACUCCACAAUAAGUUUAAGAAUAAAAAGUUUAGGAAUAAAAAGUGUUUAAAUUAUAAGUAAUUCCAAAAAAGCAGUAAUAAUUUAUUCAAGAGGAAGAAUCAGAAUCAGAAUCGGAAAGUGAGAAUGAUGAAGAUGUUGAUAUUCCAAAAUCAAUAAAUUGCUUUGAAAGUAAGAACAAAUUUAUAUAAUAAAUCUGCUAAUUAUGUUAGACUAAAGUGGCUUAUUAGGUUAAUUAACAGAAUUGGUAGAAGAUUGGAAUAAAUGACGGUUUCAGGCAAUCCUUUGAGCCGCUGAUCGAGUUCACUUUCAAAAGCAUAGGUGAAAUUGGAUCAUAUUAUUUGAGUUUCAAAGACCACACAGUCUGUUUAAGUGCUGAAAAUUUAUCUAAGAUUACCAAUGUUGAUAAGGUGUUAAAACACUUCACUGGAAAUUAACUAGCUGAUUAUAAUUCCCCAGUUGAUAUUCCAGUUAAAAGUUAACCGAUCAACUUUUUAUUGAGUGCAGAGUAUGAUUCCUUAUUAAAUGGAUUUUCAUGCAGAAGAUUUUAAAUAGCUAUAAAAACAGAUCUAAAGUAUAAAUUGAGUAAGAAAAAUGACAUUAACGUUAAGUAAAUAAUCUUUUAUAAAAACAAAUUAAAAUUAAAAUAUAUUGGAUUGAUUUAAAUAAAUGGAGUUGUCCAUUAAGCCAGUUUUGAUCAAGAGGAAGGAGGAGAAGCCACAAAUUUAAUUGUUACUCAGUUAAAUUUGCCAAAGGAAUAAGGAGUCAUCGUCAGCUUGGUUGAUAAGUACAUUGAUGAUAAUUUCGUUGCAAACUUGCUACAAAAAUCAGAAUAAAUGACAGCUGAUUUAUAGAUCUAAACACAUAUAAAAAAUGAUGAUAUCGGGCUUACAUUUAAUUUGAGAAAGAAAAAGGGAAAAUGA